CUGUGCAUUCGCGCUAAAGAUAGUAUGAUGUUUCAUUUAAAAACAAACAUAUUAACGUGCCUUGUUAUAGUGACUUGUUUUUUAAAGGACGGAAAGUGUGGAGUUAGGAACUGCAAUCUCAUACCAUUACAAAUCUCUAAAUCGGCUCAAACUGAAUCAAAAAUUCAGUACCGUGAUCAGACUCCAUGCAGAAGCACAACAUCUUAUUCCAUCGGUAAUUCAGAGGAGGAAUUCUUAAGAGCAUUUGUACUGUGCAAAGAAAAUGGCAUGGAACUAGCUACUAUCACCUCAGAAGAAGAGCAAGUCGCUUUAGAAAAAUAUAUGAAAGGACCUGAUAAUGAUGAAGUUGGGACUGGUGCGAAUAACAGAUUUUGGUUGGGCGGCACUAGAUUGGGUAGCCGAAACAAAAAUGAGUUUUUAUGGCUAACCACCGGACAACAUUUUCACUAUACAAACUGGCACCCUAACCAGCCUGAUAACUAUGACAAUAAGGAGGAGUGUCUCCAAUUAGCGUAUUAUUCCAACGACAAAUAUCUUUGGAACGAUAUGCGUUGCGAUCUGAAGAUGAAGUAUGUGUGUCAGAGAACCCUUGAAUGUUGUUGAGGUAUUAUUUUGAAUGUUUAAACAAAAAUAAUAUGAGACUGAUCAUGUAUUUUAUGUAAAAUCUACAUUAGUGUGUAAAAUAAAGAUGCUCUUUUAUUUGAAGAAA